UGUAUUCAGUUGUUGAACUCGCCAUAGCAGUGCUGGGUGUGUUUAGUGCGCUCAGUAUGAUCUGAGAACGCUGUGCUCGAUGUGGGCUGUGUUGAGUGCUGGUGCCGCUUGGAGCUGCUGUGGGAGGGAGUAGGGACUCUUAUUGUGACACGGCGGCUCCCUCAGCCCCUUCCUCUCGCUCAUCCAUACUCGCUGCCGUUUGACAACAACAGAGAAGCAGCGGCGCCGAGCAGCGGGAGAGAGAGAGAGAGAGAGAGAGAGAGUGAGAGUGUGUGUGAGAGAGAGAGAGAGAGAGAGAUACAGAUACAUAGAUAGAUAGAUAGAUAGAUAGAGAGGGAGGGGGCCAGGGCUGCUCUCGACGUUCGGGUUGAGGAUUGUCCUGGGGCUGAGGUGGGGGCGGCAGGAGGAGGAGGAGGAGGAGCAGGGACGCCGCCACCGCCGAGUUGUCCCCGAGCCCGGGGCCCCGGUCAUGGGCCACGGGAGGUGGAGGAGGCCGAGGCCGCGCUCAGCGAGCAACAUGAGGCGACUUGCCAUCGGCGCCCCAGACCAGUGAAAAGUGCUGAUCCAACAUACUGUGGAAGGAACAGGAAUGUUUUACUAUCAGGCUCUCUCAUUGGUCGCUGCUUGCUUUCCAACUGCAUAAGAAGCUGCCGAUUGGAGAAUCUUCAUGAGCUCAGGAGAUGAGAGAGUACCGGCAGCAAGAACAGGCUGACCCUCAGCGGAUACUCUCCGUGCCACAGGAGCUCCCCAUCCUGGAGCAGUUUGUUUGUCAGAAGAAAUACAAGAAGGAGAAGACUUGUUUGGCAGACAGUAAGAUGUUGGCUGGCUCACAGAAGCCAGCCCGAGCCCAGAAAAACUCGAGCCCCAACAAGCACUUAAAGAGCCCGGGCUCACCUGGCAUGAUGUCCCACAGCCCAGGCACACUUCAUUCGGGCUGUUCCAAGCCUCGGGGUCUGAAGAGCCCCCCACUAACCGACACCCAAAGGUUUUCUGAAAACAGUUUGAAAAUCAAACACGAGACAGAAAUCCGGAUUCCCCCGGUCCCGUCGCCAAAAGCCGUGACCAAUCAAAUGCACCCGGACAGUAAACUGCCGAACCACGGCAAGCCGGUCAAUAGCAAUGCCCCGCCCCCAAAUGCAAGCCAGGGAACGCCCUGCGGCCUGGGGUCAAAGGCCACGGGAGCAAGUAGUCACGGUGGAAAAUCAAGUCAGAUUUCUCCCGGAAACUCUGGACUAAAAGGCUCCCAGAACUCUGUGACAAGCUUGGGAGCUUUGAAAGGGAAGGUGAAGCGGGAAAGGAGCAUCUCGGUGGACUCGGGAGACCAGCGGGAAGCCAGCACACCGGUCAUAGACACAGAAUCUAAAGCAGAUGGAGCCCCACGGAGCAAGAGGCGUUGUGUUCUGGAACGCAAGCAGCCAUACAGUGGGGAUGAGUGGUACUCAGGACCAGACAGUGAGGACGAAGAUAAACCUGGAGUGGCUGCCCACAAUUGUACUGUGGUGGAGUCUGCCCUCUCGGGGGCCGUUCAACCUUCUCCCAGUUCGAACCCCCUCCCAACAGUCAGCGACAGUGCCCCUUCCAACGUUCCUCACAACCCAGCGGGCGGGCCCUGCCUGCGAUCAGACAGUGGCAACCCCAGGAACCCCAGCAAACCACCUUCGCAAUUUGUUUACGUCUUCACGACUAACCUGGCCAACAUGGCUGCGGAGGCUGUAAUCCAGGGCCGGUCAGACUCGAUUGUUGCCUAUCACACGCACAACGUGCCUCGCACGAAACUGGAGCAAGUGUACGAUAAGAAGGCUUCCCACGCCGCCCAGAAAGGAGCCGGACUUCAGGACCAGCCAUCGCGCAGCACACCGCCAUCUCGCACGCCCCAGCCACAGUCCCAGCAACAGGGCCAACAGUGCUUACAGGCCCCCAGCUCUCUCCCUCAGGAGGGAGGAGCAGGGCCUGACCCCUUACACUCUGACAUGGGUUCCAAACCGAUGGAGAGCAAUGGCGGAGCAGGGAACCAGCCAGGGAAUGCUCACCCCAACAUCAGUAACGCCGCCGCCAACCCAUUGCAGGGGGUUCCGGGUGAUCCAGCCAGUGGGGGAAAUGGGGAGACCAGCAAUCCAAAUGGGAAUGUAUCAUUGGUGAUGAACCUGCACGGCAACACCGAAGGCUUGUCCAAGGAGCAGCUGGAGCACAGGGAGCGUUCCUUGCAGACCCUAAGAGAUAUCGAGAGGCUCCUGUUGCGCAGCAGCGAGAGCGAAUUUCCAUUGAAGGGCAACUGCGGCCCCAGUGGACAAGGAGAUGGGCAGCAGGCAAUGAAGAAGCCAGAAGAACCUUUACAGUCCAUGAUUUCCCAAGGACAGACUUUGAGUGGAGUUGAAGGGCCAAAUAUGGAGCAAGAGGCAGUACACCACCAAGAGGUGAUGCAGCAUGACCCCAUGGGACAGCAGGUCAGCAUGAUGAUGAAUCCGGUCAACCAGGAGAAUCUGACUCCAGAGCAAGUGGCCUGGAGGAAGCUUCAGGAGGACUUCUAUGAAGAGAAAAGGAGGAAGCAGGAGCAGGCGGUGGUUCAACAAAGAACAAUGCAAGAAAUGAUGAUGCAGCGGCCAAUGGGAGGUAUGAUGGUGCGAGGACCUCCCCCGCCCUACCAUAGCAAAGCCGGCGACCAGUGGCCGUCUGGCAUGGGCAACCGGUUCACGGGCCCCAUGGACGUUCCUGAGUCCAUGCAACCCCGAGCAACCAUGCCUUUCUCUGGGCCCCGCUUUCCCAAUAGCCAGAUACAGAGGGUUAGUGGAUAUGGAGGAAUGCAGAAUAUACCGAUGGAGGCUUUGGGGCCCAUGAACCCAAUGCAGCGGACUGUGCGUCCUGGGAUGGCCUGGCCAGAUGACAUGCCACCAAUGGGAGGUGGAGGGAACUUCCCCCAAGGUGGCAUACCAUAUCAUCCUAGCCAGGGUGAUCCCGAGAGGUUCAUGAACCCUAGGGCCAGGGAAGAGCUAUUGAGGCAACAGCUGAUGGAAAAGAGAUCCAUGGGUAUGCAGCGCCCACUGAAUCUGAACAACACCAACAGCAUUGGUGGCAUGAACCAGGGAAUAGAGAUGGAGCGAAUGAUGCAGGCACAGAGACAGAUGGAGCCAGGAGCCAUCUCUGGGAUGUUCCCUGGCCAGUUACCUGGCGAUAACGUGAGUGGAAAUCCAAUGGGAUUGGAUUUUGUUGGAUCAAGGGGAAUGUUGAGCCCUCCUCUAGGGCAGGCAGGACCCGUGCGUGAUAUGGACGCGUCGAUGGGUCCCGGUAAUGUCAAUAUGAACAUGAAUGUAAAUAUGAACAUGAACAUGAAUCUCAAUGUCCAGAUGACACCUCAGCAGCAGAUGAUGAUGUCACAGAAAAUGAGGGCACAGGAAAUGAUGUCACAUCAGGUUUUGACUCCAGAAGAGAUGGCGAGAGUCAGGGCACAAAAUGGCAGUGGGAUGAUGGGAGACCCUCAGAAAAUGUUGAUGCAGUCACAAUUUCCUAAUCAUGGACAACAGGGUUUUCCUGGUGGUCAGGGGCAGUAUUCCAAUAUGUCUCAGGAAGUGAAUAACAUGGGAAAUCCUGGGGAGAUGUUUAGUCCUGAACAAGGUCCCAUGCCCGUGGGUAGCAUGAGCAACACAGCCAGACUGAGCCACAUGCAAAUGACACCAACUUCAAAUCAGUCCAGCAGCCACGGUAAUGUGAGCGCGAUGCUUCCAGCAUCGCAAAGGGGGCUAGGCCGAAGACCCUCUGACCUCACGAUCAACAUCAAUCAAAUGAGUUCUCCCAACAUGGGUCACCUAAAGUCACCGACCAUUAGCCAGGUUCACUCUCCCCUGGUCAGCUCUCCGUCUGCCAACCUCAAGUCACCCCAGACGCCGUCUCAGCUGCCAAACUUGUCAUCCGCUAAUGCCUCGGGUCCAAUCAAGUCUCCCCAGGUCAUGAGCUCAUCGCUUCCUGUCCGCUCUCCAGCAAGCUCUCCCAGUCGGUUAAAGUCACCGUCAGUGUCUGUUGCCUCACCUGGAUGGACCUCAUCGCCCAAGACUACCCUUCCAAGUCCUGUGAUCAGCCAGGGCAAGCAGCCAAUGAGCAUGAACUCUUCUGCCCCAUUGGGAAACAUUGAACAAGGUCCUAUUGUCUCCGCCUCUCGCUCUGGCCCUGGCUUGCCUUAUAACUCACCGGAUUCAACGCCUUCCCAGAAUCCACUCUCACUCAUGAUGUCACAGAUGUCCAAGUAUGCCAUGCCAAGCUCCACCCCGCUUUACCACGACGCGAUUAAGACCAUUGCCACCUCUGAUGACGAGCUGGCCCCAGAGCGAUCAAUGUCGAUGAUGCAGCCCACCAGCGUCUCUGGAAUGACUGGAAGCCAGAAUCCGCAGCCGCAUAUGGUGUCUCAGAGUGUGGUAGGGCCAGGGUCUGCCAACAGCCCCCUGGCAAUGAACAUGGUGGGGCAUCCAUUGUCCCAUGAACCGCCAGCCCCCAUGAUGCCAUCUCCUGGCAUGAUGGGACCCAGCAUCCCCAUGCAUGAGGGGCAUGGCCCUGGAAUGACUGUACAAAGCCCCAUGAUGGUGCACCCACCCCAGGAUUCACUGGGGCAAGCCUGUGGCUCAGUAACUGGCAGUGGUUCCCAGAUGCUACCUCAGAACCCCAUGGUCCUCCAGCGAAUGCAGCACCAACCCCACAACACUCUGCAGUCCCCGGGUUCCGGGAUGCAACAGGGCUACCCCCCAGGGAUGGCCAUGCCCCACGAGGAAGCUGUCCCGCCCCACGGGGUCCCCGCUGGCCCGGCCCCUGCUCAGCCACAGCAGCAGCCCCCGCCGCCCCCCCCUCCACCUCCACACUUGAUGGCCAAGAACGUGUCGAGCCGAGCUGGAGGCGAAGGCUACCAGCUGUCGGGAGUGGCCUCAGUCCUCAACGACCCUGAGCUGCAGGACGUUAUCCGCCCCUCAGCAAGUGGGAUUCCAGAGUUCAACCUGUCGCGCAUCAUUCCUUCGGAGAGACCCAGCAGCACGCUGCAGUAUUUCCCCAAAGGAGAAUCCCAGGCGUCAAAAGCCCCAUCUUCCAACCCUCACCUCAUGAACCUUCAGAGCAUGAUGUUGGAGCAGGGUCCCGCGAGCAGACCCAACCUUCCAGGACAACAGCAGCCACCACCACCGCAGCAGCAGCAACAGCAGGUGGUGCAGAGGGGCCUGAGCAUGCACAUUUUCCAUCCGGGGCAGGUGCCAGGGCCCAUGAUGGCAAGGACAGGCAUGCCAGGCCAGCACGGUGUAAUGAGCAGCAGUCUGCACCAGGUUCUCAUGUCUCCACAGCAGAGCCUGAUGGCCCAACAGAACAUGAUGCUACAAACCAAGCAGAGGAGCCUCUCGCUGUCGGGGGAGAUGUACGGACAGGGCGGUCACAUGCUUCCUCCGCAGGUGGGCAUGCUGGGAACGCCGCCCCACCAAAGUAUGAUGUUCCCUCAGCAGUUGAGACAGAGGAGCAUGUCCUUAGAUGUACCCAUCACCUUUGUACCAGAACCAGGGAACACUGCCAACAUGCCCUUCUAGCUCCUCUCAUCGACUUUUCGUACAACUAGGAUUUAUGCAAGUCAUGAAGCGACAGUGGUGGGAAAAUAAAAAUAAUUUUAUUACGAAAAGUGAGGCCCGGAACUGAGGAGUCAAAGAGUUUAUACCAAGGCGGGGCUGGAAGGUGGGGUGGGGGGUGGGGUUGGAAGUGUGGGAGUCAAAGAUUAUUUUUUAACAGAGUGAGCUCGGCUGAAAGACUUCCAGACAUUUGCGUUUUCAAUUUUAAUUUUUUAAAAUUUUUCUCUCUCUUUCCCUUUUCCCCCUCUGCCCCUAGCCCCUCACACUCUCCACUCCCUAGCCCCCCCUCGCGCUUUCUACUCUCCGCAACCUCUCUGCUCCCCGGACCCCCCUCCCCCGGCGCGUGACCUCUCCGAUCCCCGGACCCCCGACCCCCUGGCGCGUGACCUCUCCGAUCCCCGGACCCCCCACCCCCCGGCACGUGACCUCUCCAAUCCCCGGACCGCCCCCCCCCAGCGCGUGACCUCUACGAUCCCCAGAUCACCCCCUCGCGUGACCUCUCCGACUCCCAGACCCCCCCACGUGACCUCUCUGAUCCCCAGACCCCCCUCGCGUGACCUCUCUG